CACCGGUCGCCCCGCCUUUUCCUGUGGCCUCCCGGAACCACUUCCGGUGGUGGCGCUCCCCGUUACCUCCCCGCUCGAGCUGCCCCGGGCCCGUUCCUAACCCCUCACCCGCGGGCGCGCGGCGAGACCUUCUUCCGGUCCUCGAGGAGCGAACCGGGACGCCGCGUUCCUGCCACUUAGAACGGGGGUGUCGCCUCUGAAGUGGUAAAAUGUGCUGCGAGAAGUGGAGCCGCGUGGCGGAAAUGUUUCUCUUCAUUGAAGACCUGGAGGAGGAUUAUAAAAUCCUUUGCCUCUGCUCCAGGGCGUUUGUGGAAGAUCGAAAACUAUGCAAUUUGGGCUUAAAGGGCUAUUAUGUCAGAAGAAACGGCAACAGUGCAGGAGACCAAGCUACAGAUGAGGAGGAUGGCAGUCAUUCCACCAGCAUUACAGAAUCACAUGACAGCAAAGGCCUGGACCAAGAUGAAAGUGAACUUGAUUCUGAGGCUGAACUCAUGAGAAGUAUGGGACUUCCCCUUCAGUUUGGUGGGAUAUCUGCACAUAAGAAUUUUGAGGUAUCUAUGAAUACUAGAAAUAAAGUUAAAAUUAAAAAGAAAAAGAAAAAACAUCAAAAGAAGUACUUAGAUGAAAUUAUAAGGGAAUCUUGGAAACAAUACUAUGAAGAUGACGAUGUUUUGGCUUCAGAUGAUCCAUCUUCAGUUAAGCAGUCUGAGAACAUCAGCAAAUAUAAACUUCAAACCAAAAAAGAUAAUGAAAUUGAAAAUCUUCCUAUUGAAACUGCAUUAUCUCCAAAACUAGAAAUUACAGAGAAAUGGGAAAAGUAUUGGAAUGAAUAUGGUGGAGGACUGUUGUGGCAAAGCUGGCAAGAAAAACAUUCAGAUCAAACACAGUGUUCUGAACCAUGGAACAUACCUGAAACAAAGGAAGAAUGGGAACAACAUUAUAGUCAACUUUAUUGGUAUUAUCUGGAACAGUUUCAUUAUUGGGAAGCUCAGGGUUGGACAUUUGAUGCCUCACAAAGCUGUGACACAGAUACUUAUGGGUCUAAAACAGAAGCUGACAAUGAGAAAGAUGAAACUUGCAUGAAAGGUGACUUAAAUUCUUUUCCAUCUGUUAGAAUUGAUAGUGAAAGCUCUAGUUCAAGUGACAAAGAUCAUAGUGAAAUACUUGGUAGAAUGAGUAAUAUAAAUCUAAAUUCAGAGAAAGUAGAACAGAGACUAUUGGAUUCCUCUGUAAGUUGUGAUGGACAUCAGUGGUUAUGUGAAGUUAGCAACAGAAGAGAAUGCCCUGCUUCUGGCCAAAGUGAACCAUGUAAUGGCGGAACCAAGGAAAACAGCUUGUCCAGGAAUAAAUGCACAAACCAAUCUUCUCAAGAUUUGCAGGAGUCUUCAAAAGCAAAUGCAGUCAAAGAAAAAACACACACCAACGGUGCUGAUGGAGAUGAGAGUGAAGAAGAUCCACCUGAGCAUAAGCCCAGUAAACUCAAGAGAAGCCAUGAACUGGACAUUGAUGAAAACCCAGAUUCAGACUUUGAAGAUGACGGUUCUCUGCUAGGAUUCAAGCAUGGCUCAGGACAAAAAUAUGGUGAGAUUUCAAAUUUUAGUCAUCGACGGGUCAGGUAUCUACAGAAGAACGUAAAGUAUAAAUCAAAGUUCCUGGAUAUGCGAAGGCAAAUAAAUAUGAAAAACAAACACAUAUUUUUUACUGAAGAGUCAGAAAAACCGCUUUUGAAGAAAAGCAAAGCUUUGAGUAAGGUUGAAAAAUUUCUAAAAUGGGUCAAUGAGGAAACAUCAGCUUCUCACAAUAAUGUGCUAGACACUUGUACAAGCAGUGAUUCAGAGGAACAAGAAAUUUCUGUUAAAAAGGGUGAUGACCUGCUGGAGAUUAGCAGUCCACAACCUGAAAAGUGCCAUGCCGUAUCUGCAGGUUGUGAACCUGAAACAGAAAAAAAUGAAAUGGCUAGCUCAGUAGCAGCUGUUACAGAUAAGCAGGAUUGUGUUACUCAGGAUAUACCAGACUGUCUUCAGGGAGAAACUGAAGCUGAAAUUAAAAAGAAAAAGAAGAAGAGAAAAAACAAGAACAAAAAGGUAAAUGGUCUGCCUCCUGAGAUAGCUGCUGUUCCUGAACUGGCAAAAUACUGGGCCCAGAGAUACAGGCUUUUCUCCCGAUUUGAUGACGGGAUUAAGUUGGACAGAGAGGGCUGGUUUUCAGUUACACCUGAAAAGAUUGCAGAACACAUUGCUGGCCGGGUCAGUCAGACCUUCAAAUGUGACAUUGUAGUGGAUGCGUUUUGUGGAGUUGGAGGGAAUACCAUUCAAUUUGCCUUGACAGGAAAGAGAGUGAUUGCCAUUGAUAUUGAUCCAGUUAAGAUUGAUCUGGCUCGCAAUAAUGCAGAAGUUUAUGGGAUAGCAGACAAGAUAGAGUUCAUCUGUGGAGACUUCUUGUUGCUGGCUUCUCAUUUAAAGGCUGAUGUUGUGUUCCUCAGCCCCCCCUGGGGAGGGCCAGACUAUGCAACUGCAGAGAUCUUUGAUAUUAGAACAAUGAUGUCUCCUGAUGGCUUUGAAAUUUUCAGACUUUCCCAGAAGAUCACUAAUAAUAUUGUUUAUUUUCUGCCAAGAAAUGCUGACAUUGAUCAGGUGGCAUCCUUAGCUGGACCUGGAGGACAAGUGGAAAUCGAACAAAACUUUCUUAACAAUAAGUUAAAGACAAUCACUGCUUAUUUUGGUGACCUAAUUAGAAGAUCAGCCACUGAAACAUAACUGUGAGGUUGUACCAAGGACAAAAAGAUCAUGUAGUGGUCAGAACAUUAGUCAAAUGAGACACUUGGAAUUUCUUUGUAUAUUCACUAAUAUUUUGUACCCAUUAUCUUAUAUAACCACGUGAAAUGAGAACUUUAAACAAAAUUAAUAAAUAUUAAUGACGUUUUUGAGAUCUUUGGCUAUAGUAACAAUGUAUAUUGUUUAGUAAUAUUUAAUAUAGAGAAAGACUUUCCACCAUGCUUAAUGUCAGUCAGGUAUGUGUAUGUAUAUGUAUGUGAUUAUGUUGUAAUUUUUUUUUAGUUUGUAUGUUUUGGUUUAAUGUGUGUGUGUAUUUGUGUGUAAAAAAGUUAUUGCACUUUUUUAAUAUAGAUACCAAGUAGACAGUGACUGAGUUAGUCUGUUUACCUGUUUAAUACUGUGUAAAUGAGUAAUGUUUAUGUUUAAAGCUAAAAGCAUAAACAGUAGAUAGAAUGGUAAAACUGAAUAGUAAGUCUUCCACCCUCUUCCUCUCUCUUUUAUUCAUCUAUCUAACAAAUACAGCUUUGCAGGACAGAAAGGAGUUUCAGUAUAUCCUAAUAAUAGUUUUUCUCCCUCGUUGAUGCAUUAUUCAGUACACCUCCCUUUUUUUUUUACUUAUAUCCUUUUUUUAAAAGCAUAUGCUUUUUUACUCAAAGACCUUUUUUAUGCCAGUAUACACAGAGACAGACCUACCUUGUCUCACUUAAAGUUCCGUUAUAUUCCAUCUUCUGAGUAGGCCGCAAUUUAACCAGUUUCCCAUUGUUUGACUUUUGGGACUAUUUCAGAAUUUUUGCGCUUUUCAACUAUGUUGUGCAGUGAGUAGUAUAAAUAUUUCUCUUUGCCCCCACCCUACCCAAGUUCUGGGCAUCUCAAACACUUAAAUUUCUGGUAUCUCACUUCAGAAAAAAAGGUAUCUUAUUAUUUCUAUGUAUUCUCUUAAUUUUGAAUGUGACUUGAGCAUAUUUUCAUGUGUUUGGUCUUUUUUAAAUAAUUUUUCUCCUUUAAGCUUACUAUUCCUAUCUUUUAUUAAUUUUUCAUUUGGGUUGUCUUUUUCUUAUUAAUAUGUAUGAGCACUGUGUAAAUAAAGAACCUUUAGUCAUCAUUACAUGUUUUUUCCAUUUUUUUAUCUUUAGACAUAUUUUGUGAUUUUUAAUUUUUUUACCAUACAUAAAUUUUACAUUUUUAUGUAGUCAAACUUAACAGUUUUUUUUCUUCAUUGCUUCUGGAUUUUGGUCUUUUUGAAAACUCUUCUAUUCCCAGAACAUAAGUACAUUUAGCCAGACUUUUUUAGGAUUUCUUAUUUUCAUGUCUUUACCCCAUUUGGAAUUUGCUUUUAACAUCCUUUCAUAAAGCUAUUUUUUUAAAUUUCCAUUGCAAAAACAAUAUGAAAUAUAUUUUGCAAUAUAGGACUUUAUAAUCUUUUUAUUAAAAUGGCAAUGAAAAGAAAAAGAGUAUGUAUUGUUUAAUCAUUCACCUAAAAAUUAUAUUCUGUCAUUUUACGAGUUAAAAAGACAAGGAUGUAGGACUUUGGCCAUGGGGAUCUGUGACUUUAUCUUUUAAUAACCUGAGCAUAGUAAACAUUAAGCAAAAUAGGGUUUUGACUGGGAUGGAACAGAGAGAAUUGAAAUAAAAUGGGAGAAUUCACAGUAGUAUGGGAAAAAAUAGCUCUUAAAUAAAAAACAACUUUGUUGGACUGUGGAGAAGCAAUGCUAACUUCUGUCCCUUGAAGUUUUACAAUGUAUGCCUGCAAUAAAGUAGCAGUUGAGCUGGUCAUUAAGUAUUAUAUUAAUUUUAUGUAUAUUUGCAAUAUCAAAAUCUUACUCUUCUCAGGCUUUAUACUUCUUUCCUCAUGUACCAUAACAAUAUUUGUCAACAUUUUUUAAAAUAAUGGUCGCAUUGGUCCUGACAGUCUUGUUUGCCCCUUAGAACUAGUAUGACGUUACUUAGCUACUGGAGGGUACGAGGUAGAAUGUUAAGAGGAAUUGAUUACUUUUUAGUUUUUGUUAUUUAACAUUUUAUGCAUACUUUUUUCCCACAGUACAUUGUCAUAUUUAUAUAUUGUUAAUAUACAAACUUUUUUGUCUUCCUGAACCUUACACAAGUAGAAUGGGAAACCUAAGGUUAAAAUAUUCCUGCCUGUUAGUCACACAUGACACAAUUGAUUUAUGGACUCAUUUAUAGGUUGUUAGUGCUCAAAAACAACUUUAGAAAUGUUCUAUUCUUUUAUGCUACUCUUGUGUUAACAUAAAAAUCUUAGGAAAAUCAAAGUAUGUAAAAUGGAUUUAAAAAAGGCCCUGAAACUACUUAGAAUAAAACAGAAAUGAAGCUAGCAGCUCUUGUAGUAGUGAAACAUUUUUUUUCUUCUUAAGUGGAAAAACUUUUUAAAGACCUUCUUAAUUAAAAUGUGCAUAUUCUUUUAAAAUUUAAAUAUAAAUUGAGCAACUAAAAAAGUCACAGCUCACCUUUACCCUCAUCCCCUUCCUUAAGCCCUUUCUCUCCAUCUCCAUCUCCCAUGUUUCCUGUCCCCUUCCCAGGGACAACCACUGUUUACAUUUUGGUAUGUUCGUUCAAGGCAUUUCCCUGAGCAAUAAAAAGCAAACAGUAGGGUGGGAUAGAUUUAUAUUUUGACAUUUGAUUAUGUUUUUACUUCAAUAUGUCUUACAAAUUUACCAUAUCACUACAUACAAAUCUGCUACACUAUCAUUUUAACGGUUGCACCAUACAAAUACACAAGUUUCUUUAGCCAUUGCCUAACAAUGAGCAUCUAAAUUGUUCCCAAUUUUUGCAAUUAGUACUGCAGUGUAUUUCUAAGUAGGGUAGAUUCCAAGAAGUGAAAUUUUUAAGUCAAAAGUCAUGUUUUUUUUAGGGGGGGGCAUAUCAUGUCAAGUUGACUCCCCCCAACUAUAUAUUCUUACCUUCAAAAACUGCAUAUUUUACUAGUCUGUUCAACAAAAUUAUUUUUAAUUUCAUGUCAUGUUUAC